UGCACAGAAACAGACUUACAGAUAGACACAAUUUUAAAAACACAGCUUGACUGCACAGCAAAGACACUCCAACCCAUCAUCAAUUCAUCUCUUUCUGCAUCAAUCCGCCAAUCCAAUCAAUCGGAAUCAAAAAUUAUGGAGCUGCAGAACACUGUCAAGGAAGCCCUAAACGCGCUCUACCACCAUCCAGACGACGCCGUUCGGAUGCAGGCCGAUCGCUGGCUUCAGGAUUUUCAGCGCACGAUUGAUGCUUGGCAGGUGGCGGAUAAUUUGCUUCAUGAUACUUCCAGCAACAUAGAAACUUCAGUAUUCUGCUCUCAAACUCUCAGAAGCAAGGUGCAGCGUGAUUUUGAAGAACUGCCAUCUGAAGCUUUUCGUCCGCUACGUAUUUCUCUAAAUACUUUACUAAAAUCAUUUCAUAAGGGACCUCCUAAAGUUAGGACUCAGAUUAGUCUUGCAGUGGCUGCAUUGGCUAUUCAUGUACCAGCAAAAGACUGGGGAGAUGGUGGUAUUUUAAACUGGAUAAGAGAUGAGAUGAACUCACACCCUGAAUGCAUACCAAGUUUUCUGGAACUUCUGAGAGUCUUACCUGAGGAAGUUUUCAACUACAAAAUAGCAGUUCGUCCCGAUAGGCGCCGGAGUUUUGAAAAUGAGCUUGCUGCUGGGAUGGAGAUUGCUCUUAAUGUCUUCACCGCUUGCUUGAAUAUAAUUGGACUGUCGGAACAGGCACUUGAGGCUUUUGCUUCAUGGCUACGGCUAAGGCACAGGAUUCCAGCUUCAGCUCUGGCUUCACAUCCGUUGGUGCACACAGCUCUCUCAGGAUUGAAUAGUGAUAUACUGUCCGAAGCAUCUGUUAAUGUUAUUUCUGAAUUGAUUCACUAUACAACAGUGAGAAACCUUGAUGAAGUUACUUCUCAGAUGCCAUUAAUUCAAGUACUUGUGCCUAGGAUUAUGAAUCUGAAGCCUCUACUUAGAGAUCCAUCCAAGGAUGAGGAGGAUGUGAAGGCUGUUGCUCGCUUAUUUGCUGACAUGGGAGAUGCAUACGUUGAAUUGAUUGCUACUGGUUCUGAUGAAUCAAUGGUGAUUGUGCAAGCACUACUUGAAGCUACUUCACAUCCAGAAUUUGAUAUUGCUUCAAUGACCUUUAACUUUUGGCAUAGUCUUCAAAUGCUAAUAACUGAGAGGAGUAAUCCUCAUCCGCACGGUCAUGAACCAUCUUCCGAACCUGAGAAAUCCCCUCAGCUGCUGGCAUUCCAUUCAUCGUAUGAAGCACUUGUUUCCUUGGUUAGUGUCAAGGUUGAAUAUCCCCAGGAUUAUGCUGAUCUUUCAAGAGAGGACCAGAAAGAUUUUAAGCAAACCAGAUAUGCUGUUGCGGAUGUCCUCAUUGAUGCAGCUCUAGUUUUAGGUGGUGAUGCUACACUGAAGAUUCUUUACAUGAAGCUUAUUGAGGCUGUUAGAAAUUGCGGGCAGGUCCAGCAAACUGAUUGGCGUCCAGCAGAAGCGGCUUUAUAUAGUAUACGAGCAAUAUCCGAUUAUGUAUCUAAUACUGAAGGAGAUGUGAUGCCUCAGAUCAUGAAUUUACUUCCUCAACUUCCUCAUCAACCCCAACUGCUACAGACAGUAUGCUAUGUAAUUGGGGCUUACUCAAAAUGGCUCGACACUGCACCAAGUGGACCUUCAUUCUUGUCGUCUCUUAUAAAUAUUCUUGUUAGCGGUAUGAGUAUAUCAGAGGACACUGCAGCUGCAGCUGCUGUGGCUUUUCGUCAUAUAUGUGAUGACUGUAAGAAAAAACUAUGUGGGUCCUUGGAUGGUCUUUUUCAAAUAUACCAAGGGGCAAUGAUUGGAGAAGGCCCCUUCAAGGUUUCUGCAGAAGACUCGUUGCAUCUAGUUGAGGCUCUUAGUAUGGUCGUCACAGAACUUCCUUCUGAACAUGCUAAGAAAGCCUUGGAGGCACUGUGCUUGCCCACUGUUGCCCCUUUACAGGACAUCAUCAAUCAAGGCCCUUUAGUAUUGGGACAGAAGUCUGCUCGAGAUUUAACUGUUCAUAUAGACCGAUUAGCAAAUAUAUUUAGACAUGCGAAUCAUCCGGAGGCUGUUGCAGAUGCUGUUCAAAGACUCUGGCCAAUCUUCAAAUCAAUCUUUGAUAUUCGUUCUUGGGACAUGCGGACUAUGGAAUCUCUUUGUCGAGCGUGCAAAAAUGCGGUGAGGACCUCUAAAACUCUUAUGGGAGUUACGGUUGGUGUAAUGCUCGAGGAGAUACAAGGUUUGUACAAACAACAUCAGCAACCUUGUUUCCUCUAUCUCUCUAGUGAAGUUAUUAAGAUAUUUGGUUCAGAUCCAUCUUGUACAAACUAUUUGACAAUCUUGAUUGAAUCUCUCUUCAACCAUACAACAUCUGUGCUUACAAAAGUUCAGGACUUCUCUUCCCGACCCGACCUGGUAGAUGAUUGUUUUUUAUUAGCAUCAAGAUGCAUCCGUUAUUGUCCGCAAUUAUUCUUUACAUCUCCUGUAUUCCCCUGCUUGGUGGACUGUUCUAUGAUUGGCAUCACUGUGCAGCAUAGGGAGGCCUCCAACUCCAUACUAAAUUUCCUAUCGGAUGUUUUUGAUCUUGCAAAUUCUACUCAUGGGAAGCCUUAUGUACCCAUCCGGGACAAUGUGAUUGUUCCAAGAGGAGCUGUCAUCACCAGAGUUCUUGUAGCUGCUCUAACAGGAGCACUUCCAAGUUCGCGACUAGAAACGGUAACUUACACGCUUCUAGCUAUUACACGAGCCUACAGUUCAAAGGCGUUAGAGUGGGCAAAGGAGGCUAUUUCCUUAAUUCCAUCAAACGCGGUGACAGAGGUGGAAAGGUCAAGCUUUCUGCAAGCUUUGUCAGAUUCGACGUCUGGUGCAGCUGUAAAUGGCCUGACGACUCCAAUCGAAGAAUUAUCCGAGGUCUGUAGACGUAAUAGAUCCGUUCAAGAGAUUGUUCAAGGAGCUUUGAGGCCUCUUGAACUGAACAUGGUUUCUGUAUCAUAGUUGGUGAGUGACAGAGAAGGGCUAUUUUUUCUCUGCCCUUGUCUUCGGUUUCGGUUGAGGCAACUUUUUUGUUUCACUUCCAUAUUUGUAUAUUGUUCAUUUGCCAUUUCAUAUUAGUUUGAAUGAGGGUGAGAGGUUGUGUUGUUGUGUUUUACUUUCAAAGAUAAAACAUAAUCUUUUUAUUGUGAAGGAUAGCUUAAAUAUGGCAGACGGUUGUAAGUCUCUGGUUUGGUCAAUUUUUUGGGGGCAAAAUCACUUUAUUAUAAAUUUGGUUCAUGUCUGAAUUCUUGUUAAUGGCAGCUUCAUUUUCA